GUCGUCGCCGUCGUCUCCUUGCCUUGCCUGUAAUAACCAUGGAUUCUCAGAGGCAGUGCUUAUCCACAACCCUCACUACCCUGGCUCUUAUUUUUAUUGUCUUAAUGAGAUCUACUGCCCAGGCACAGGCACGAUCAGAAACAGGAUCACGACAAGUUUCAAUCGCCCAAGACCCCAAGUCGGUGGAAGACUGGUUCAAAAACCUCCCCAACGCCAAGGAGAGGACAACCAAACUCCAUUUCUACUUUCACGACAUCGUCACCGCCAAAAACCCCACCGUCGUCACGGUCGCGGAAUCCAAUCUGACAAAGACGUCCCCGACUUCGUUCGGCCUGGUGAGGGUGAUGGACGACCCCCUGAGGGUGGGCCCCCAGCCGGAGUCCAAGCUGGUGGGGCGGGCGCAGGGGAUCUACGUGGCGGCGGGGCUGGAGGAAGUCGCGCUGCUCCUCACCCUCAACUACGUCUUCACCGAUGGGCCCUACAACGGCAGCACUCUCAGUGUGUUGGGCCACAAUCCCAUCCUCCAUACCUACCGGGAGAUUCCCAUCCUCGGCGGCUCCGGCGUCUUCCGCCUCGCCCGCGGCAUCGCCACCGCCAAGACCGUCUGGUUCGAUCUCAAGACGCAGAAUGCUGUGGUUGAGUACAAUCUCAUCGUCCUGCAUUACUGAGUCUAUUGUUAGGUUUUAGAUAGAUUCAUAUCAUACACAUAUGGUUAAUUAAUUUCUGCCAUGUACUCAAUUCCAAUUCCGAUGAUGAAUGGUUUCGAAGAAUUAAUAUAAUGGCCAGGAACAG